ACAGUGAAGCUCUAGUUUUCACCACAAAAAGACUACAGAACCCAGAAUGCUUUGUUUUCUCAGAUCAUUCUAACUUCCUGAUAUCACACGGCUAAUAGACUUUGAAGAAUAGAAAUAUACCUUCAGGAUUAAUCAAAAGAAAAUAUAAGACCAGUUACUGAUAUUCUGAAGAUGGACAAGGAUAAAAAUGGAAUGACAGAAAAGAUAUUAAAUCUCACCCUGGAGAUACUCUACCUUCUGACUGGAGAGGAUUACAUCAUUGUAAAGAAGCCAGGUGGGCGAUCAGAACGCAGUAAUAAACUUCAGGUCGUAGAAGGGUUUUGUAGGACACAAAGUUGUAUACUGGUGCCUCCAGAUGAGUCUCGAAUAGAUGAGCAACUCAACAACCAGAAGAUCCUGGACCUCACCAACAAGAUCAUUCAGCUGCUGACUGGAGAGGUUCCUAUAAGGUGUGAGGAUGUCUCUGUCUAUUUCUCCAUGGAGGAGUGGGAGUACUUAGAAGGACACCAGGAUCUCUACAAAGAUUUGAUGAUGGAGGAUUGUCAUUCUCAAGAUGGAUCCAUUUGCAAAAAAUCUCUAGGAAGUGUCCACCACGAUAAACCAGUAGCGACUGUAGAUCGUUUACCGAAAAACAUCAAUAAAGAACAAACUACAUAUGAGGAUUUUACACACACUGACGUCUAUACACCUACAGAUCAUACACAGUGUACAUCUACUCAUAUUAAGGAGGAACCAGUCUCAUGUGAUGGAGGAACCCUCACAGACACUGACAUUUAUACACCCACAGAUCAUACACAGUGUACAUCUACUCAUAUUAAGAAGGAACCAGUCUCCUCUGAUGGUGGACACCUCACAGACAGUGACAUUUAUAUACCCACAGAUCAUACACAGUGUACAUCUACUCAUAUUAAGAAGGAACCAGUCUCCUCUGAUGGUGGACACCUCACAGACAGUGACAUUUAUACACCCACAGAUCAUAUACAGUAUACAGCUACUCAUAUUAAGGAGGAACCAGUCUCCUCUGAUGGAGGAACCCUCAUAGACAGUGACAUUUAUACACCCACAGAUUAUACACAGUAUACAGCUACUCGUAUUAAGGAGGAACCAGUCUCAUGUGAUGAAGGAAACAUCCUAGAUAGUGAUAAUUAUACACCUACAGAUCAUACACAGGAUACACCUACUCAUUUUAAGGAAGAACCAGUCUCAUGUGAUGGAGGAACCCUCACAGACCGUGACAUUUAUACUAAAGAUAAUUCACAGUACACAGUUACUCGUAUUAAGGAGGAACCCAUCUCUGAUGAAGAAGAGGAGCUCACUGACACUGAGAUUUGUCCAACCACAAAUCAGAGACCAAGUCCUUCUACUGAUGUUGCUAAGGAAUCUGUCUCACGUGAAGGAGGAAAGCGCAAAAACAACGAGGUUAUUACGUCAGAGCCAGCAUUAAAGUUAACUGUUGUAGGACAUGUGGAAACAGCUGUUGGGAACCAGAAACACCUAAAAAAACGGAAUGGCAAAAAGGCUGGAAAAAAAUCAUCAGUAUACACAGUCCAUCAACGAGCAAACACAAUGGAGAUCUUGUACAACUGUCCAAGUUGUCACAAGGGGUUCUCGAGUAACUUGGACCUUGCUCGACAUCAAGUUAUUCAUACUGUAGAUAAACUGUUCAUAUGUAACCUAUGUGGGAAAAGUUUCACAGAGAUGUCCUUCCUUGUUAAACAUCAGGUAAUUCACACCGACUUAAAGCUCUGCGUUUGCAAAGUGUGUGGAGACUGUUUCUAUAGUGAGACUUCACUCGCUAAGCAUCAGAAAACUCACUCCUUACCAUUGAUUUGUUCAACAUGUGGGAAAUGUUUUUUCAUGAAGUCGGAGUUAGAGAUGCACGAAAGGAAGCACACGGGAGACCGUCCAUUUGGAUGCCAUGUGUGCAGUAAACGUUUUACUGUCCGAGCUCUUCUUAAGAAGCAUCUGCUGAUGCACCAUCCGGCGGAACUCAAUCAGAAAUGAUGGAAGAUUCAUGUUGUGGUGCGCUAGACCUGAUCUGUUCGAUUGUUCUACAUAACCAAGUUUAAUUUUCAGAAGUUCCUAGAUUUUAAUUUACUAAAAAUGUUCAAUGUUGAAAAUGUAACAAAGGAAAUGUUUUCCUACUGGCUUAAACCUGUGUUUAGGAUGAAAAAUGGGCCCAUGUGGUCUAAACAUCAGGAUCAAUUUUGUAGAUUUGUAAAGCUUAGUAAAAACAUAAACUUGCGCAAUCGCACACUAGCCUGUUUUUAUGGAGGUACUUAAAAGUUGUUGAACCCAUGAAAAUUUUAUUAUCUGACAGUUUUGACACUCUGACCAUUUAACACAAUGGCCCUCAUUCCGAGUUGUUCGCUCGCAAGCUGCUUUUAGCAGCUUUGCACACACUAAGCCGCCGCCUACUGGGAGUGAAUCUUAGCUUAUCAAAAUUGCGAACGAAAGAUUCGCAAUAUUGCGAAAGACUUCUCUGUGCAGUUUCUGAGUAGCUCGAGACUUACUCUUCCAGUGCGAUCAGUUCAGUGCUUGUCGUUCCUGGUUUGACGUCACAAACACACCCAGCGUUCGCCCAGACACUCCCCCGUUUCUCCAGCCACUCCCGCGUUUUUCCCAGAAAUGGUAGCGUUUUUUCAAACACUCCCAUAAAACGGCCUGUUUCCGCCCAGAAACACCCACUUCCUGUCAAUCACAUUACGAUCACCAGAACGAAGAAAAAAACUCGUAAUGCAUUGAGUAAAAUACCUAACUGCAUAGCAAAUUUACUUGGCGCAGUCGCAGUGCGAACAUUGCGCAUGCGCAGUUAGCAGAAAAUCGCUGCGAUGCGAAGAAAAUUACCGAGCGAACAACUCGGAAUGACCACCAAUGUUAGCUCUAAUAAUGAGACCAUGGAGAUAAUGCAGAAUUGAAUACGUGGCUGUUUGCCGAGUGUUUCUUGCGUCCUUUCGUGCUUUGCAUGCUUAAAAAUGUGGUGCAUACAAAUCCAGCCUAUGCAGAACCUACGCAUUUCGCCAUAUGCAUCUACUCUUGUGACGGAGAGGCAGAAGGUGGGUGUGACGAAGGUGGGUGUUUUCUAACGUAGGCAGAGUUCAGGAAGGACGUCUUACUCAGAUUUAGAUACAAGUUAAAAUACUUUUGUGUCGAGAAUAGGGCAAGCGAGAGAAGUCUCUGAUGAUGUUGACUUUUAGUAAGACAGUCAGAUAUGCUACAUACACAGAAGCGGGCACAACACGAGAAGUAUACUGGUGUGUACAUGUCUGAUCAUACACAUCUUUUCCAUGCACAAGUAUUUGAAGUAAUGUUCAUGCACUUUUCCAAUGCUACACGAGCCCCAAUAAGUAUUAUUGCAGCAGCAGGUCUUAGUCUUAUAUCGAUGUCGGUUACCACGGAUUUCUCAUGCAUGCUAUCUGAAUUCUUUGUGUUUCAAAAAUCUGAUUAUAUAUUACAAUGGUUGAAAGAUUUAUUUAUUGCUUUCAAAUAUCCAGUUGAUAGAUGUUUGUCCCAGCCAAUAACAGAUAUGAAAUCAGAACUUCAGAGCAGCAGAAUUGGAGUUGGGAUGUCGUUAUGUCCUUUGUUGUGUUCCUUAAACUCGACAUCCCCUCAGUUUGUCACCAACCACAGUCUACAGGAACAUGGGCCCUCAUUCCGAGUUGUUCACUCGCUAGCUGCUUCUAGCAGCAUUGCACACGCUAAGCCGCCGCCUACUGGGAGUGUAUCUUAGCAUAGCAGAAUUGCGAACGAAAGAUUAGCAGAAUUGCAAACAGAAAAUUCUUAGCAGUUUCUGAGUAGCUCCAGACUUACUCCUACACUGCGAUCAGUUCAGUCAGUUUCGUUCCUGGUUUGACGUCACAAACACACCCAGCGUUCGCCCAGACACUCCCCCGUUUCUUCAGACACUCCCGCGUUUUUACCAGAAACGCCAGCGUUUUUUCGCACACUCCCAGAAAACGUCCAGUUUCCGCCCAGAAACACCCACUUCCUGCCAAUCACACUACGAUCACCAGAACGAUGAAAAAUCCUCGUUAGGCCGUGAGUAAAAUACCAAACUUUUGUGCUAAUUUACUUGGCGCAGGCGCACUGCGAACAUUGCGCAUGUGCAGUUUGCGACUAAUCGCUCCGCGGCGAAAAAAAAUAACAACGAGCGAACAACUCGGAAUGAGGGCCAUUGUCUUCAUAUGCCAUUCUCUCUACCUCAGUCUUUGGAAUCCAUAUAGUCCUUGUAUUGAUUGGCACGUUAUCCGCUUCUUGGUCAUAUUUUGGUUUGACUCCUUCAACUUUAUACUUCCAGGCUAGUUCUCUGUAGGCUUCUGCUUCUCAUAUAUAAUGAAUACAUUCUGAAAUUCAGAAUUUUGAAAAAAUAAAAAACAAACGUUAAUAUGGUCACACGAUGUUCGUAGAAGUCACAGUUGAUGACUUGAGGUCCCGCAUAUGGAUUUCUUGCUGCACUUCUGCAAUAGAUGAGGACUGCCACGUCUGGGAUUAAGGUAGUCUACUUCCAACUCUCCCCGAUAAGAGUUCUGCUACAUUUUUCUGCAUUUACAUUUACCCUUUGUGAACCUUUAUGUAGUUAUUGUCCUGUGUUGUAAAAAGUAGGAUUGUUAUUUCAGCUGAGUGUGAAGGGGAGCUGGGUGAAUUUCGGGAGUGUGUUGGGCAGAGUUAAUGAUCUACUUUAAUGUCCAUGUGCUCUGCAAUAAACAAAGUUUGUUUCCUAUUGUCA